AAUAUUAUUAGUGCUCAGUAGUAGCAGCGAGCUGUAUGUAGCAGGGGGAGAAUGAUGAAGCUACUCCCAUGGCGAUGUACAACCAGUGAAGCACAUGGUACUUUCUUCUCCAAAAUCUCCAAUAUUGCACCGUACUUAUUCGUAACAAACAUGUCUCGUCGUUUUCUGUUCCAUUCUCAGUCAAAUCAAGAAGAAGAUAUCUUCGACCCUCCAUUUUCUCUCGCUUCCAAUACCUUAAGAACUCAGAAACCCAAGAAAAAGCAAAAAGAAGAAAAGAAGCAUGAAAAAGACCAGAGCUUUACUGUUAAUUCCGAAUUGCCUUUUGAUUAUCGGUAUUCAUACUCUGAGACUAACCCGGCGGUUAAGCCAAUUGGGUUCCGUGAACCGACCCGGUUCUCUCCGUUUGGUCCGGGUCGGAUUGAUAGAAAAUGGACCGGGAUUUCAGCUCCGUGUGUAAAGCCGGUGGAUUUGGAGAAAGUGGCUGAGGAGCGAAGGUGGGUACUCGGAGAACCGUUGACGGAGGAGGAGACGGCGGAGCUGGUUGAGAAGUUUCGGCAUAAUGAUUGCUCUCGACAAAUGAAUUUGGGACGCGGUGGAGUUACUCACAAUAUGCUGGAAGACAUCCAUAACUACUGGAAGAGGGCUGAAGCUGUAAGGAUUAAGUGCUUGGGGGUGCCGACUCUUGACAUGGAUAACGUCUGCUCCCAUCUCGAGGACAAAUCAGGUGGAAAAGUUAUCUAUCGUCAUAUUAAUAUUUUACUCUUAUAUCGUGGUCGAAAUUAUGAUCCCAAAAGUAGGCCUACUGUUCCUGUGAUGUUGUGGAAGCCUUUGGCUCCAAUAUAUCCAAGGCUUGUGAAGAAUGUUGCUGAUGGCCUGACAUUUGAAGAAACAAAGGCAAUGAGAAACAAAGGGCUCAAUGCUCCUCCUUUAAUGAAACUCAGCAGAAAUGGGGUGUACGUGAAUGUGGUGAACAAAGUCAGAGCAGCGUUUGAAACAGAAGAAGUUGUUAGAUUAGAUUGUACCCAUGUGGGAACAAGUGACUGCAAAAGAAUCGGUGUUAAAUUACGGGAUCUGGUGCCAUGUGUUCCUAUCUUGUUCAAAGAUGAGCAGAUUAUUCUCUGGAGAGGCAAAAAAGAUGAACAGAACUCCGGCUCCUGAAUGGAACCUAAGCUCACAGAUGUGUGUUGAAAUUUUGAGCUUCCAUCUCGGAGGAAGGCAUUCACAAUCUGCAUUUGGCAAAUGAAUCUGCCGAAGCUUCUCGACUGUUGCUUGAACUUGUUAUAGAACUGGCCAUUAUCCUGGGUUCCUCUGUUGAUAGGUUUUUUUGACUUGUGCUAAAUUAGGUCAGAUCACACCUUACUCACAGAUGCCAAAGAAAUGCAAGGAGGUACUAGUGAUUGUUAUUAAUGCAAUACCAGUCCUCUUUCAACUGGCGAAAACUAGUUUCUGAAAUCCUAGACUGCUACUCGAGUUGCAUGUAAUGUUCACCCUAAAGCUUCGGAAUUCAACAUGUUUUCUAAAGAGUAAUUUAGUGAAACAAACAAUGUAAUUGAAACAGUUCUUUCCUAUGGCAUUGUAUUAGAUGUA